AAUACUUCACAAAUUAUCUGUUUUCUUUUUACUUAAAUCCCAAGGUUAUGUUCUAAAUUACUUUUAUAAUUAGAAAAAAAUAAAUAAUGACAUCAUCAAGCGAAAUUAAUGAUUUUGAGAGUACGUAUUUAAAUGGGUCAAAGAGUCGAUUAUCAAUAAGCGGCCAAUCUGAUACGCUGAGAGAUUUACUGGGUGAACGAAAAUUUAGUGUUGAUAGCUUGCAUUUGGAUUACGCCGAGAAAGAAGCAGACGAAUUCAUGAAGCAGAUGUGUCGCCAAGACGACGAAUCAACAACCACAAAUGACAAUGAUGUAAAAACGACACGAAAUAUAGAUGUGUAUAAAGUCAAUUCAAAUGCUAUGGACAUCAACGGAAAUCGAAAACAAAACGCUCUAGCGAGUGAUAUCAAUAAAAGUCGGGAAAUUCUAUUGGUUAAGAAUGACAUGCCAACACGCUUGAAUGAUUGCAGUUCAGGUUUGGCUAACAAACGUAAUAACGAGAAUACCUUAAGUCAUAUACAUGAAUUAGAAGAGGAUAUUAAUCACCAUAGCAACGAGCACAAAGAUAACGAUAGCACUGUGUUAGUGAGCAAGAAGCGUGAAAUUACAAAACAAUUAUCAGAUACGAAUCAACUGAAGUAUUUAAACCAAAGAAAGAAGGACUUAAAUUUUUUACAAGAAAGGUAUUCACAAGCAAUUGAAGAUUUUAAAAUCUUAAGGAGUAAUUUAUCAGAGAACAUGGAAAGGAAUUUAAGUCGUACGGAUCAGUUAGGUUUUCAACACAAAAAGGCUGAUCAUUAUCGAAGCUAUGAUGAUAUUUUGAGAAACAACUUUGACAUGUCUUCGCGUACACAGAGCGAUGUUGCUUAUUUAAGAAACAAAAACAUUGAACGAUAUUCAUCGCAAGAGAGACUUUAUAAACGCAGAAGUGAUAUCAAUAUAGACGAAAAACUAACCGACGAGUAUUUUAAUAACCCGUCACGCUUCACCAAUAAUAACAUUGACAUGAAGGGGCAUACAAUGAUGACGUCACGAGGCAAUUCGAGUGACUAUCCAAUGAGUAUUGACAUGCAAAGAGAACAUCAUAUUCAUUUACGCGAUCAAGCCGCAAGAUCAAACUUUGAGAGAUAUUUAAGAGGAUCUUUAAACCAAGGACAUGUGGAGAAUUCGAUGCACAAUAAUAGUAAUGGUUUGGAAGAACACGAUAUAGGAUAUGGUGGUUCGGGAAGUACGUCUCCAAGAGAUUCCGAAAUGUUAAUGCCAUCCGAUCAACUCUCUUCACGCUCUGGCAGUAUUAAUUCACAUCAUUCCAGGACCAGUUCAGCUUUAGCUUCAGUGGAUUCAGGUGUUCGAAUGAGUUUUGUUGGUCAACACAACUCGUUAGUUGUGGUAGCGAUUGAUUUUGGUACAACUUUUAGUGGAUAUGCUUUUUCCUUUACAAGAGAUUCGUCAAGCAUACAUAUGAUGAGGCGUUGGGAAGGCGGUGAUCCGGGCGUAACAAAUCAAAAAACGCCAACUACAUUGUUACUUAAACCCGAUGGUAGUUUUCAUUCGUUUGGUUUCGGAGCGCGGGACUUUUAUCACGAUUUAGAUGCCAGUGAUGCAAAGAAAUGGUUUUACUUCGAUAAGUUUAAAAUGGCGCUUCAUUCUUCCGAGGACCUUCACGCAGGUAUUGAAAUAAAAGCAGCAAACGGAAAAUCAUAUCCAGCUCUCAAAGUAUUCUCACACGCACUACGGUUUUUUAAACAGCAUGUUUUGGCUGAGCUUUCUGACCAAUCAACAGCUAAGCUGAGUGAAGAAGAUAUCACGUGGGUGUUGACUGUUCCUGCUAUAUGGAGACAACCUGCAAAGCAGUUUAUGCGCACGGCAGCCUAUGAGGCUGGCAUUGCUUCACUCGAUCAUCCAGACCGGUUAUUAAUUGCACUGGAGCCUGAAGCAGCUUCAAUAUUUUGUCGCAAAUUAAGAAUACGUGACUGUGUUAUCGAGGAUGAUUUGAAAGCGAAAGCAGGCGAUUAUUCUUUAAUAUCUGAAGAUUUUGAAGGAAUUACACAAUAUGUUGUGGUCGAUUGCGGUGGAGGGACCGUGGAUUUAACUGUUCACGAGCUAGAUGUUACACAAGGAACUUUAAAAGAACUUCAUAAAGGAACAGGAGGACCGUGUGGAGCUACCGGCGUUGAUCGGGAGUUUGAAAAAUUACUGAAACGUAUUUUCGAUGCUGAUUUUAUCGAAAGAUUUAAGGUGAAACGACCAGCAGUGUGGAUAGAUCUCAUGAUAUCCUUUGAAGCAAAGAAACGCACCGCAAGACCUGACAACCAAAGCCCGCUCAAUCUUUCUUUACCGUUUAGUUUUAUCGAAUAUCAUAAGAAGCAUAGAAAAUGCUCCGUCGAAACUGCCGUCAAAAAGUUUAAAAAUCCUGACAUAAAAUGGUCGUCGCAAGGCAUGCUUCGAUUUUCCGCAAAUAUUAUGCAGGCUUUGUUCGAACCAGUUGUGAACGAUAUUAUUGGUCAUAUACAAAAUCUGUUGACGAAAGCAAGUUUAAAACAUGUGGAACAUUUAUUUUUAGUAGGCGGGUUUGCAGAGUCACCUUUGUUACAAUCCAACAUUAGAGAAGCUUUAGAAGGGCGUGUGAGAGUUGUUAUUCCGAACGAUGUUGGAUUGGCUAUAUUAAAAGGAGCUGUACUGUUUGGGCUAGAUCCUACCGUCGUACGUGUCCGGCGGUCCGCCUACACAUACGGCGUAGGAGUUCUAAAUAAAUUUGACCCUGAAAAGCAUCAACAGUCAAAACGCGUUGUGAAGGAUGGUAUAGUUUGGUGUAAGGAUAUAUUCGAUAGAUUUGUGCGUGUCGAUGAGUCGGUCGGUAUUGGUGACCGUGUCACACGGAGUUACGCCCCCGCCCGAUCGAAACAGAAGUCAACUGUAAUUAAUAUUUACUGCACCGAGAAACUUGAUGUUUUGUACACAACGGAUAAAGGCGUAACGAGAUGCGGCAAACUACGAAUAGAAAUGCCUGACGUAAACCCCGAAGAUAUUCCGAUCGAAAAACGCGGGAAACCGCGAGAGCUACAAGCAUCAAUGAUUUUUGGAGACACUGAAAUAAAAGUUUCAGCAGUGGAUGUGCUAAGUGGUAGAGCUGCAAGAGCGAAUAUAGAUUUCUUAAAUUAUUAGGAUUAAAAAUGAAAAAAAAACCUAUACUGUUUAUGAUAGUACCGGCUGCCUCCUUCAUAAUAUUUGUGAAUAAAAUUUGGCCUUUUGAGAGUAUGCAAAAUCUUUUUUCAGUUGUUUUAGUUUAAAUUUUGUCGGCGUGAUUUGAUAAUAGUCAUUCGAGAAUUUUCUCUUUUUUUCAUAUAUUAUUGUAAAUACAUUUCUGUAUAAUUUAAUUUAUCUACUCGAUUGAUUUCACCCAUGUAAUUUAUCCUGCUGGGGAAUAAAACAUGAUAUUGAAUGUUUUAGUAUUUUGAAAAUAAAUCAUAAAAUAUACCAGUUUG